AUCCAUAGGUGGAGUCAGAGCUUGCCACAUUCAUGAUUUGUUACAUAAGUAUUGUAUGGUCAAAGCCAAAGAAGAAAAUUUUCUACAAGUGCUGCAUGGGUAUGAUGAGCUUUCUACUUUCACUGAGCCCCCAAACCUCUCCAGAUUGUCCGUUUGGUCUAAGGUUGAGCAUUUUAAGGAGUCGAGGCUAUUUUGUCCACAAUUAUCCACUCUGCUGUUUAUUAAUCUGAUUAGAAAUGACUCUGAGUCAUUCUUGGCUGAUGCCUCCUUUGUCUUCCAAAUUUACAAAGGUCUUAGAGUCUUGGAUAUAGAGCAAAUUGUUCUGCGGCACAAGGUUUUUCCAAGCGAGGUAGUAUCGCUUGUUGAGCUGCGGUACUUGGCUAUGCAAGGUGAGAUGAGGGUCAUCCCGCCCUCUGUAGCCAAACUCUCAAAUUUAGAAACUUUUCGCGUGAUAUCUGAUUACGGUAUUGUUUCAUUGCCAAAUACCUUGUGGAGCAUGACCAAGCUGAGGCAUCUACAUAUUGAGGGCUAUGAUGUCGUAUGGUCUUUGCCAAGAGAAAAUCUUGAGAACAAUUCUGGCUUGCUUAAUUUGGACACAUUUUCCACCUUAAGAGUUUCUUUGGACCAAAGAGUAGAAAACAUACUGAAAAAUAUUCCAAAUGUGCGCCAGCUAAAAAUCAAACUCUCGAAGGCAAAGAAAUCUACGACUAUAGGCUACUGCAACAUGAGUGGACUAGAAAGUCUAGAAUCACUCGAAGUGUGGGCAACGUCACUGCCACCGGAUCGCGUUGAGUUCUCUUUCCCAUCGACUUUAAAAAAGCUGGUCCUCAUAGGAUUGAACCUACCCUGGAGUAAAAUUUCAUUGAUUGAGGAACUGCCCAAUCUUGAGGUCCUUAAAUUACUCUACCACUCCUUCAAGGGUGAAAGAUGGGUCCUGACAGAAGGAGGGUUCCGUAAACUCAGGUUCUUGGCUUUGGAAAAUUUGGAUGUUGUCGAGUGGACAGACACAGAUCCUGAUGAUCAUUUCCCCUGUCUUCAGAAGUUGCUGAUGUCAGGACUUUCUAAAUUGGAACUGAUGCCAUCUUGUUUAGCGCAGAUUUCAGCUCUUGAAUUGAUUGAAUUUCGAAGUUGUAAGGCCUCUGUUAAGGAUUUGGUACAGAAAAUUGAGGAGGAGCAAAAAGACUGUGGAAAUGAAGAUCUGACGAUCAUCCCCUAGCCAGUGCACAGAACCUUAUGGGGCAGCUUCCGCAUCAGAUGUUGUGAGCAUUACAGUGCUGAGCAUUGGAUUAGUGUUCUCAAAGUAAGUUCCCCAGAUUCAAAGCUUUCUGCGGCUACAUCAGCAAUCGGUCAAUUGUUGCCAUGGUUUUUGGUGGAGUUGCUCAUCUGUGUGGCUUUCAGCACUUGUUAGGUGGUCGAUGGUGUUUGUCAGUCUAGGUGGAGUUGCUUGUUAGUGUAAUCUCGGAUGGGCGAUUGGCGCGCCGAGAACCGCACUGGUGUCAAGAUUUCGAGCUCGAGCACAAGCAAAGCAAGUAGUACUUAUUUCCUCUUGACGAGGAAGAGUAAUUCGGUUGAAGGAUGCAAAAAUUGUUCGGGUAACAUUUGCUGCUCAAGUUAGUGAUUUUUGUGUCUUGUCUUUUCUUCUGUUGCCUGAAUUUGCCUAGCAGGUAGAGUUGUGAACGUGAC